UCAUGGAUUUAAUAGCUGGCUUUAUUAUGGUGUAAAGCAGUACGAGGGUGCAACUUGGAGAAUCAAACGGAAGGUGGUAUCGUUAGAUGGUAUGCAGCAUUUGCCUAAGGCCUGCGCUUAUUCAAACUGCAUAUAUCGGCCAAACAACUAAGGGAAGAUCUCAACUUAGCUUCAUUACAAGUAGUUUGAUUAAAGCUAAAAGCCCAAAAGAUUUGUGGAAGUGCAACUUUACGACCUCCAGAAAGAUGAUGAUGGAUACAAGUGAAGCUUCUGGAAAGGGUCAAGUCUCUAUCCCCUUACCUGAAAAGGAUGACAAUGGUACCUAUGCUAGUGGAGGAUUGAAGAGUGAAGACGGCAAACUGAGCUGCGGGUAUGCAAGUUUCAGGGGAAAAAGAGCUUCUAUGGAGGACUUUUAUGAUGUUAAGAUUUCCAAAAUUGAUGGAACAUCAGUAUGCCUCUUUGGGAUAUUUGAUGGUCAUGGAGGUUCACGAGCAGCCGAAUUUCUAAAGAAUCAUCUGUUCGAGAGUCUCGUGAAGCAUCCAGAAUUUUUUACCAACACAAGUUUAGCUAUAAGCCAAACAUAUCAACAGAUUGACAAGGACUUUUUGGAAUCCGAGAAGGAUACUUUCCGCGAUGAUGGAUCAACGGCUUCAACAGCCAUUCUAGUUGGAAACCAUCUCUAUGUUGCCAAUGUUGGAGAUUCACGGACAGUCAUAUCAAAGGCCGGGAAAGCAAUUCCCCUUUCCGAAGAUCACAAACCAAACAGAAGUGAUGAGCGGAAGAGAAUUGAGAAUGCUGGUGGUGUCGUAAUGUGGGCAGGAACCUGGAGAGUGGGCGGAGUUUUGGCCAUGUCUCGCGCAUUUGGAAAUCGCAUGCUAAAGCAGUUUGUAGUGGCAGAGCCGGACAUUCAGGAUCAAGUGAUCGAUGAGGAUUUCGAACUGCUUGUGCUUGCAAGUGAUGGACUUUGGGAUGUUGUACCUAAUGAGGAUGCUGUUUCCCUUGCUACUACUGAAGAAGAACCUGAGGCCGCAGCGCGGAAACUGACAGACACUGCUUUUUCUCGCGGCAGCGCUGACAAUAUCUCAUGCAUUGUCGUGAAGUUCCACCAUGAGAAAUCGGAACCUGUCGACCAUUAGGCUUUGAAAAACUAGAUUAUCGACUUAUCUUUAAUCUUAUGCCUUUUCAGACUGGAUCUCCAUCUGCAGUUGCACAACAACCAAUAAUGCAUGCCAUGCAAGAAGCUGGGUUUGUUGCUGUCAUUAUUUUUAUUGCGAAGGAACAAAGAACCCAUGUACAUGUUUUUCCCCUUAGUGUUUUGUGGAUCAUUAGUUCUUCUUUUACCAAAUACCAUUAGCUUUUAUUUAUAGAGAUUAAUGUUUUUACUUUUGCGCAGUGACCUGCCGACUUGUAGAGUCAUAGACACAAGUCAUGUUUCUUGCAUUCUUGUAGGAUUCUUUCUUUCAAUGCAUAUUGUUUUGCUGAA